UGCUCAUCCCACAGGAACGUUGUGCGCUGCUGGAACUGAAGCGUGAAACGAGUUUCACACAAUGGAAGUCGCGUCGCCAACCCCGACGAGCAGAUCGGCGUCGCCUCGCCUGCCACCCGGGAGCGCGAGUAGUGGCCUGCCGUUCACACGUGCAUCUCCUGCGCCGCUGUUGUCGCGCCGUGGGACGCCAAUCACCCGCGAGGAUCGCGAAGCCAUCGCUGCCAGCCUGCCGCCGCUCCCCCUCUCGGUGACGGGAUCGCCGUCCAACAGCCCCAGGACAGCCACGCCGACAAUGCUGGCACAGAGACAGCAGCCUGCAUGGACGUCUCCCAGGUCAACUAUAACACCCAUCAAGAGCGCGGCCGAGCAGGCCAUCCCGUUCGAGCUCGACUUGCACGACGACCACGACGACCACGACGACCACGACGACGAGCAUGUUCAGGACAAAGGACGCGUGGCGGGCGACAUUCGAGGCGCAUCACCGCGUCCUGCAGUCGUCUCAAUUCGGAGCCAGAGUCAAAGCGCAGGCUCAGAGCAGGGCGAGCAGCAGCAGCCGGGGUCUGCCACAAGGAUUGCACGCACACCCACUGGCAGCACAAGGCCAACUCCGACCGGCAGACGAGUAUUGUCAGUCGAGCGUCGAGGCAUCGCGUCGUCGCCAGCAGCUCUAGCAAGUCCAAGCCAAUCCUUGGAAGCAUUCACCAUCAUUUCAUCGCCAUCGCCGCUGCUCGUCAAGCGAACCAUGACUCGAGCCAGCGAUGCGCCUUCUCCCAGCGUACGCCGGUUUUGCGUCCCAGAUCUGGAGACAGACGCCGCUUCAUCCUCGAGCGCAUUGAAUACGACGAAUCUGGGGCUGCGGCUGGAUCUGACAACCAACACAGACGACGAAGAGUAUGUUGCCACUCACCCAGAUGCUCCUGCAGCCACCCAACUGCAUCAUCAUCAUCACCAACAUCAUCGUGCUUCUGCGCCGUCGGCAGCAUCUACUAGCCUUGACAUCCAGAGCACUCGCCAGUUGCAUUCCGGACUCUUGCCAAGCAGCAAUCCUUCGCCCGGCCAAGCGACUGCAGCAUCGACGCCCAACAUGUCUGCUCUCGAGGCUCAAUUUGCAGAGCUCUUCCCAGCCACCCGGCCAAAUCCUGCCCAGAUUGUCAUCCAGCACAUUCAAGCACACUCCCGAAUGCAACUGCAAGAGCAGUUUCUCCAGGCCUGCGUCGACAUGCCGACGGGUUCCCUUUCUGCCCAAAAUCCCGCCAAUCCCGCGAGCAUUCUCUCGCCCGAGCGCGAGCGGCAGAUUAACCAUGUUCGCGAGAUAUCCGCCAUGCGCAGCUCGGCGUUGAGCGACGAUAUCGAGCUGCAGCUUGCCGAGCAGCGUCGAAGCCGCCAUUCCGUAUUGGAACAGGCUGCUCAGCAGUUGAUUGCCGUGCGAAAGCAGCGCGUGGCUGCGGAACAGGCGCGACUGCAAGAGGAGGCCGAUUUGAAGGCCAAACAGGAAGCAAAGCUGCAGGCCGAGCGCGCCAAGGCGGACGCUGCUGCUGCUGCUGCUGCUGCUGCUGCUGCUGCUGCUGCUGCUGUUCAGGCCAAGCAAGAAGCCGACAAUGCAGCGACCAUUCAAGCCCACCAGCAGCAACUUCAAGCGAAGGCCAAUGCUCCAGGUGCUGCCGCUCCCGUUGCUGCGGCCCCAACUGCUGCUCUGCCCGCUGCAGCGCCUGGCCCCGCCGUUGGCGGUGUCAAGAUUGUGGCGCGCGCCAAAUCCCCCCGCCGCAUCCGGCGCUGCUGUUGGCGAAAUGGCGUCUCCGGAAGCGUUGAACGAGUAUGCUCAGAGCAAGGAACUCUAUGACAAGUUUACCACGACCGUGAAGGAUUUUCAUGGAAGACAAGUCACUCGCGCGAACUCGCAUCGAGUUCAAGAAGGCCAUCACCAUCUUGUCAACACGACGUCUGCCUUGG